AUGGUUGAAAGAUCGGCAUCAGCCUCAGCAAUUGCAGGAUUUGCUGGUUCUUUAGCAUCAUCUUCAUUAUAUCCUUUGGAAAUGAUAAAAGUCCGUCUUAUUGCAUCCGGAGUUAAGAGUAUCCACUCUAUUAACUACAGAAAUUCUUACCAUGUAUUAAAAUCGAUGGUUUCCUCACAGGGAAUUUUAUCUCUUUACAAAGGAGCUCACAUAAGUUUCGCCUCAAGCUUCGCAUGGACUCUUUAUUUUUACAUAUAUGAAAAAGCUAAGAAAAUACACCCAAAAUGGUUUAAAGAAGAACACUCAGAACUCUACCUUUUUACAGUAGCGGCUGAGGCAGCAAUUUUAAGCAGGCUUAUCACUAACCCUCUAUGGGUCGUUAAAACCAGAGUUAUGCUACAAAACAACUCCAAAAGCUGGUAUGGGGACACAUUUGAAGCAAUUAAGAAAAUUUAUAGGUUAGAUGGACUUAAAGGGUUCUAUUUUGGGCUUAUCCCUGGAUUGGUUUUGUGCUCAAACGGUGCUUUUCAGCUAUAUCUCUAUGAGCAUCUCAAAGAGAUUCUAAACUCCCAAGACAGCUCCACUAAAACAGCAAUUUCUGGAGGAAUCAGUAAACUACUAACCACACUAGUCCUGUAUCCUAUGCAGUCCACAAUGAUCAGACUUCAGCAAGAGCAGUACCCUAGCUAUUUGAAUACAAAGGCUCAGGAUUUACCUAAAGAUAUCAAAGAAGAGAGAUUUUUUAAAGGCUUUAAAAAUUGCAUCCUAAAAACUUUCAAAAAUGAAGGGUAUAGAGGAUUUUAUCGUGGGCUGUCGUUACAGUUAGCAAGGAUUUUGCCUUCAAACGCAUUAUUUUUUGUAGUUUACGAAAAAAUAUAUGGACUUGUGUUAGAUAGAGAAAAAUAA